GCGUCUUUGUUUGGUAGAACGUUGUUGCGUGGCGACCGUAAUGAACGCAUUUCUAGCGUUCAUUCUUCACAAGUGCGCGUAAGGUGACGGAAGUCAGAAGAUGGUUAUAGUUUAAUAGAGUGACGGCGGAGUUUAUAAAUUCAGUACUUAUUUAUUUUCAGAAACUUUAGAAAGAUAUUUUUGAACUAAAAUGGGAGUAUUAAAAACCGCAGUAGCUAUAGUGUUGGUUCUACAAAUUUUUAAGGUCAAUGUCGACGCACAGCCAACUCAAGGUCAAAACCACGCGGUUGGUAAAGAACAAGAGCUAAGAACAAUGCUUAAGACUGUUCUAGAACAAAAUAGAAGACUUGUGUUACAAAAUAAUAGAUUACAACAGGUAUGGUUUGGAAUGCAGCAAAUGUGUAAAGCAUUAACUAUGUCAACUUGUGAUUGUGCUGGACAGUCAAAUAUAAACAAACCCUACAUGAUUAACAAUAACACUGUCUCUAAACCAAGUCUGCCAUACCAACCUGCUUUACCUCUACAAGUAAUGUCAAUAAGAUCGUCCGGCGUUAACACUGACCCAACUACUGUAACCAUAAUAUAUGCUGCCACCCCUGAUCACACUACAGAAUGGAUUGGUCUGAGAACAAAUGGCGGAAUGUGGAGGACAACUGGAAAAAGGACGCAGACUAUCCCAGCAUCCUCUUUAUAUACGUCUACCGUGAAUGUGGAACAGCUGAGAUCCAUGCGCCAAAUGUUCUUUCGCUUGUACAAUGACGAAGAAUCAGUGAAUGUCAGAUUCAACCUAACAGAAAUAGAAAAGCCCCAGCAACAGAACGUCACAGCACCAACCCUCGGUCUGCUUAAAGUCAACAGUAGUUACAUGGCGCCACAUGACUCUGAUUUGAACAUAACGGCCAUUGUAAAUAAAAACGCUCGAGAUUUCAAUGAGUUAGCAUUUGUAGAAGUCUUCUUCACUGGACUUAACACCAGCGCAAGUCCUCCGGCAAUUUUUGAAAUCAUGAACUUCAAUUCAGAAGGUCUAGGGUUGAGCAUGUCACGCCGCACCGAGACGACGUCUAAUAUGGAUAUUACUCUGCGAUACCCGUAUGUUCAAUAUGGCGGAAUACUUACAGUGCGCAUGCCCUACCGUGACUCAAUGACCGGAAUGGUUGAAGAGUUAUACUACGGACCAUUUAUUAAAAUCUACGGUCCUGGUGCAACAAAUGUUGUGCCUGACAACACAUUAGGAAUAUUCCCACUGGCAAGGCAAACGAUAGUGUUCCCACCAACUCAGAGUAUGAUCUGUGCGGCAAUGGGGAAUCCACGACCCAAUGUGACUAUUCUUCACCUUGUGAAUGGUGGCAAAACAAAUGAAAUUCCAACAGAAACUGUCAUUCUAGACAGCUUUAUGAACAUGAAAGUACUGACAAUGUCAGCUAGACAACCGAAGAAGACAGAGGGUCGUUAUAUAUGCAGGGCAACAAAUGGAAACCAAACGAUUGAUGCACCAACAGAAGUUGUCGUUCUUAGUCCGGCAGUAUUUGAUGAAACGAAGACAGGAGUGGCGAAGAAUGCCAGCAGGAUUGUUGUAAUAUCGUGUAAGGCACGUGGAAAACCGAAACCGGAACUGUCUCUACGGUUGUAUGAUGAAUAUGGACCUGAUCUUAUAAAAUCUGGCAUGUACAAGGUAUGGAAGUCAGAUCCGAACAGAUUCACGUCCCGAGUGACCUUGACAUUAUCACCAGUAGAUGAUCCUGAUGUACAUACCGUGUAUUGCAUGGCGAGUCAGGGAGGCCCUAACGGUGCCUUUGAAGUGAGCCGUAAAAUCAAUGUUUUCCCUGCGGAAAGGGAAAACAAUUGGGAACUGUACCAGAGAGUAAAAGAUCUACAAGUUGCAUAGCAUGCUUCUAAAUGACUGAAAACAAACAACGAACUUGUAUUUAGUCAGUUUUAAAAAGUGAAUGGGUUGUCGCGCUUCAAAAAGAAGUUAUAAUUCCUCAAUUCAUUGUAGUUUAUAAACUUUACAUUAGUUUUCAAAUGCCAUAUUGACUUUAGCUAAAUAGUUGUUUUGUAUGUAAGAAAUAAAGAUUAAAAAUA